CACCAUAGACUUCUGACGCUACGAUACGAGGUCUUCUCUUCACUGAGUCUGUCAACGAUUAGAUUAAAAAAACCUUUCCCAAAAGAAAAAAAACCAGAGUUCUUCAGAGGCAGAGAGAAAAUCAGUUACACUCUCAGACUCAUAGAGAGAUCUGAGAGAAUGGGGGAGACGAAUACCGUACAUUCACCAUUGGUGACAUAUGCUUCCAUGUUAUCACUGCUUUGUCUUUGCCCUCCAUUUGUAAUUCUACUAUGGUAUACGAUGGUACAUGCUGAUGGCUCUAUUUCCCAAACUUGGGAUUACUUAAAGCAGCAUGGUCUGCAGGGUUUCAUUGAAAUAUGGCCAAGACCUACUGCCACUGCCUGGAAAAUUAUUGCCUGUUAUGGUGCUUUUGAAGCUGCACUCCAGCUGCUUUUACCUGGAAAAAGGGUUGAGGGCCCAAUUUCUCCAACAGGGAAUCGACCUGUCUACAAGGCAAAUGGUAUGGCAGCAUAUUUUGUAACAUUGGCUACCUACCUCGGCCUUUGGUGGUUUGGGAUAUUCAACCCUACAAUUGUUUAUGAUCAUUUGGGAGAAAUUUUUUCAGCACUUAUUUUCGGAAGCUUCAUUUUCUGUAUUCUCCUGUACAUAAAAGGUCACUUGGCACCAUCAUCCACCGAUUCUGGGUCUUCUGGGAAUGCAAUAAUUGAUUUCUACUGGGGAAUGGAGCUGUAUCCUCGAAUUGGUAAAAACUUUGAUAUCAAAGUUUUCACGAACUGCAGAUUUGGGAUGAUGUCUUGGGCAGUUCUUGCUGUGACCUAUUGCAUAAAGCAGUAUGAAGUUAAUGGGACAGUAGCUGAUUCAAUGCUUGUAAAUACUAUAUUGAUGCUGGUUUAUGUGACGAAGUUCUUUUGGUGGGAGGCUGGAUACUGGAAUACAAUGGAUAUUGCGCAUGAUCGAGCGGGCUUUUAUAUUUGCUGGGGUUGCUUGGUCUGGGUUCCAUCUAUUUAUACUUCUCCUGGCAUGUACCUGGUCAACCAUCCUGUAAAUCUUGGAACUCAGCUAGCACUUUUUAUUUUGGUGGCCGGGAUUCUUUGCAUAUACAUCAACUAUGAUUGCGACAGGCAAAGGCAAGAAUUUCGCAGAACAAAUGGCAAAUGCUUGGUUUGGGGGAAAGCUCCAUCAAAGAUUGUCGCUUCAUACACUACCACAUCUGGGGAAACAAAGACAAGCCUUCUUUUAACCUCAGGAUGGUGGGGUUUAUCUCGUCAUUUCCAUUAUGUGCCAGAAAUAUCAGCUGCCUUUUUCUGGACUGUUCCAGCUCUUUUCAAUCAUUUUCUACCUUACUUCUACGUGGUGUUUCUUACCAUCCUUCUACUUGACCGAGCCAAAAGGGAUGACGAUCGAUGUCGGUCCAAGUACGGUAAAUAUUGGAAACUAUAUUGUCAGAAGGUGUCCUACAGGGUCAUUCCUGGAAUCUAUUGAAGAGUCCCAGUCCUUUAUGCAUCAAGCAACGCCUCUCGUUGAACUUAGUCUUUCUACUCGCAGUCCAUCUGGUGAAUUGGCAAUGCUAUUUAUAUCAUUUCCCUUCAACUUACUUUCUCUUGAUUUCGGAUGUAAGUUUGGAUGAGUUGUGGUAUUAGCCAAGGAAACGUUAGUUGUUUAUGAUAUAGCAUAUCAGGCUUAUUUAA